GACAAACGCAUUACAACACUACAACUCACCACCAGGAACAGUAUAAAAGUUGAAGAGUUAAGCCAGAGAAAACACAAGAAGAAGAAGAAGAGAAUAUGUUCAGCUCAAAGUUCAGUUACAUAUCUGCGAUAACGCUGCUGGUAUUUGCCACUGCAUACGAAGGUAAGUAUAUAUUAAAAUGACUCAAUAUUCUCAAAUUAACCUGUUUUACAUUAUGAUGAAUAUUACUGUUCCAUCCUAUCACUAUUAUGUAAGACUAUUCCAUGAUCAUAUUUCUGAGCGAAAACUGAUUAUGUAUCCAACACCAGUCUCACCAUCGCUUUGACAAAUCACUUUCCUUCAAUGAUGAAUAAUAAUUCUCUCCGUUUCUGAAUUAGAGCGUGAGUGGCCUAAACAUUUCAUUGUAUGCUUUCAAUGAAGUUGAAUAGUCCAACUGGUGUUCUGCUCACUGAGGUGUUUUAAACAUCCAAAGAAAAACACGAAAUACUGACAUUGCUAACAAUUCGUUUGAAAUGAACAAAUUCUUGCAUCCUAUUUACGUGUUAUUGAAGUUUUUGCUUUUAUAACAAUCGCUGCUCUUUCUUCCCUUUGUCAAUUUUCAAGGCGAACCAUCUACGUUAAAAGACAUUGAAAAGUUGCUUUCUAAGUCUCAAGAUAAGAUUUACAAUCAAACUGCGGGAACCGUCAACGACAAAGUUGAUAUCUAUGUCAAGAAUGGAAUUAUGUAUCAGCCUGAGGAAUAUGGUCCCUACACAGAGGAACAUUCUCUUCAUCAAUGUGUCCAGGAAGAAAAUGAUGCUUACUCAGCCAAGUUGAAAACACAAGAAAAACUUGACUGUGACGUCUUCAGACCGUCAAUUCACGGAGGAGAUCCUCAGAAUCUCGAGUACAACAGAGAAUUUGCGACAUUGAAGAGUAAAAUAAUAGACUCAUAUAAACAGAAAUACCUCUAUGGUAAAACCAUUUUGAUGAAGAAAAUUCAUGAAACUGCCAUCAAGAGGUUGAAACGUAAGAUUUACCUACUAUCUCGUAUGAAAUUUCCACAUUUUAUCUUCCAAAAUUGACUGAUGAGAGACACUGUCAUCCUGUCUUUAAAAAUAAAUAUGUACUACUGUAAUCUAAAUCCAAUCCUUGUAAAUACAAUAUUAUUUGUAUUUUGAACACCAGGGACGAGGGUUGUGUCAUUCGGUCGACCACCAAUUUAUACAUGUCAUGUCAUAUGAAAUUAUAUCUAGUGGUUUGAAGAGAAUCAGUCAAUGUAUCGUAGAUUUGACAGUUAACAAAACCCAACUGACAACUUCUUCCCAGUUGAACACCAAUUGUAGUCAAGUCAUUUUGAACCAUGUCAGACUUUCCUAAUACACCCUCAGUCACAAUCAUACCUGGUGGACUUCUCCGUGUCUCUUGCAAUACUGACAACAUUCAGUGUGGUUUACUUCCUCGUGAAUUCACUAAUGUUCAUCUUCUUUUAUUUUCUCUACAGGAGUAGGAGGAAGAAACUAGUGA